GCAACUUUAAACACGUGCAUCGCGCUGGUGGCGGCGUGUUCUGUUUCUGUUUGCCAUUUAAUUUGGUUUAAUUUAUUUGAUUUGAUUUGAUUGGACAACAGCAAAAUGGGCAAGAAAACGAAAGUCGGAAAGACGCGCAAGGAUAAGUUCUAUCAGCUGGCCAAGGAGACAGGCUUUCGAUCGCGUGCCGCCUUCAAGCUAAUCCAGCUGAAUCGCAAAUUUGGUUUCCUGCAACAGUCGCAGGUAUGCAUCGAUCUGUGCGCCGCACCUGGCGGCUGGAUGCAGGUGGCCAAACAGAAUAUGCCCGUAUCGAGCAUUGUCAUUGGCGUCGAUCUGUUCCCCAUACGCCCCAUAGCGGGCUGCAUUGGCCUCGUCGAGGACAUCACAACGGAAAAGUGCCGCCAAUCGCUGACCAAGGAGCUGCAAUCGUGGAAGGUCGAUGUGGUGCUGCACGACGGUGCCCCGAACGUGGGCCGCAACUGGCUGUACGAUGCCUAUCAGCAGAUCUGUCUCACAUUGAACGCCCUCAAGCUGGGCACACAUUUUUUGCGCGGCGGCGGCUGGUUUGUGACCAAAGUGUUCCGCUCCAAGGACUACAAUGCAUUGCUCUGGGUGCUCAAGCAGCUGUUCAGGAAGGUGCAUGCCACCAAGCCGAGCGCCUCGCGUAAGGAGUCGGCCGAAAUCUUUGUUGUUUGCCAGGGCUAUUUGGCGCCGGAUCGCAUCGAUCCGCGUCUGCUGGACGCCAAAUAUGUGUUCGAGGAGCUGGAUCUGGAGGGCAAGCAAAAGAACAGUCUGCUGCAUCCGGAGAAACAGAAACGCAUCAAGGCCGAGGGCUAUACGGAACAGGAUAUUGCGCUGCGCAACGAUUUGGCCGCCACGGAGUUCAUGCAGGCGGAGAAUGCGUUGGCCGCUCUGCAGGGCAUCGGCUCCAUACGCAUCGAUGAUGAGCGCAUAGCCAAGCACAAGCGGACCACCAGCGAGAUACUCGAGUGCUGCAAGGACCUUAAGGUGUUGGGUCGCAAGGACAUCAAGGGUCUGCUGCUCUGGUGGAAGCACAUCAAGCAGGAGCUCUUCCAGUCCGAAACGGAGGGCGUCAUCGAGGAGCCGGAAACAGAAAAGCCAGCCGAGCCGCUCACCCAGGACCAAAUCGAGGAUAUGGAGGAUGCCGAGCUGCAGCAACAAAUCGAAAGCCUCGCCACCGAGGAGCAAAAGGAGCUGAAACGCAAACGCAAAAAGACGCUCAAAUCGAAGGCCAAGCUGCACGAGAAAAUGAACCUCAAUAUGGUCAUCAAGGGCGACGACGGGCCCGUCGAGGAGACCGAACACGAGAUCUUCGAUCUGAAGGGCAUCAACAGCGUCAACGAGCUGGACGCCAUGCUUGACGUGCAGCCCGACUUCGAUGUGGACGGCGACGCCGUCGAGACACCCAAGCUGCCCAAAUACAAGAAAUAUGACAAGGACGACAAACGCAUGGACGAUGAUGCCAACUACGAGAACGAUGACGAGCCCGAGGUGAGCGCUGAGGAGGAUAGCGACAGCGACUAUGAGCAGCAGGGCCUCGGCCUAAGCGACAACGAUGACGAGGAUCAGCCCGAAUCUAAGGGCAAGCAGAAGAAGAAGAAGCAGCGCGGCGAGCAUCCGCUUAUCAAAUCCGGCGAUUUCCGGGACAAGGACACCCGGCGACAGCAGCGCGUUGCGCUCUGGUAUGAAAAGGAUAAUCUACAGAAUAUUGGCAACGCUGAGGACGACGACGAGGAGAACUAUGAUCUGGAUAAUCUGGCCAAGGCAUAUAAGGCCAAGGGCGUGGCCGUACUCGGCGAGAAUCGCCCGGCCCUGGAGGACUUCGAUGCCGGCGGCACCCUGGCCCUGGGCAAGAAGGCCAAACGUCGCGCCCGUCACGAUGUGGAGAAGGAGGACAGCAGCUCCGAGUCAUCGGACUCGGACUCCGAUCAGGAAGUGGAUGAGGAUCAAGUAGCUGGCGACAUAGCCAAAGCACCCAAGGCGAAGAAGGUGCGUCUCAGCGAGGAAGAGCUGGCGCUGGGUGCGCUCCUGGUGCGUGGCAAGAAGACGCGCCGCGAAUUGAUCGAUGCCGCCUGGAAUCGGUAUGCGUUCAAUGAUGACAAUCUGCCGGUAUGGUUUGAGCAGGAUGAGGCCGAGCAUAUGACCAAGCCGCAGCCGGUGCCCAAGGAGCUGACCGAGGAGUAUCAGCGCAAGGUGCAGGAGCUAAACGUGCGCCCCAUCAAGAAGGUGAUGGAGGCGAAGGCGCGCAAGAAGCGUCGCGCCACCAAGCGUCUGGCCAAGGCCAAAAAGAUGGCCGAAAAGAUAAUGGAGAAUGCCGAUGCCACCUCCCAGGAGAAGGCCAAGCAGCUGAAGAAGGUCUACAAGAAGGCGCAGGAGAAGAAAAAGGAGAUCACCUACGUGGUGGCCAAAAAGCAUACAGCCUCGCGUCGCGCCCGUCGUCCAGCUGGCGUCAAGGGACGCUAUCGCGUUGUCGAUCCGCGCGAGAAGAAGGACAAACGCUCGAUAGUUGCCAAAAAGCGUCGCGAAAAGGGCAGCAAGGGGGCCAAGGGUGGCAAGGGCAAGGGCGGCAAACGCAAGUAGGCCAAAAAAAAUCCUCUACGUUCCGUCUCCAGCCCCCGAUUGUAGCUUGUAGUCAGCUUAUGUAAAUGCUAAUGUAUAGAAUAAAUAUAAUCUAGUGCAUAAUAGAUUUGGAAAUUAA